AGAGAGAACAACUGUAUUUAUCAUGCACACACAUAUAUAUACACGAAUGUGUAUACUUGAAACUCUUCUUGCGACGAGAUGAAUAUACGGAAAGAUCCGAAUGAUGUUGGAGCAGAUGCUACGAACAAAUAUGCGUUACGACGUAAUCAAGAGAUAGACAAUCCCUGUUACAAGGAGCACCUUUUGUCCUUGAAGUGUCUCGAGGCCAAUCAGAAAGAACAUAACGAGUGCGAAUUGUAUUUCCAAAAUUAUAAGAAUUGCAGAAAUUUCUGGGCUUCUGUGCAGUCUGAGCGCAGGUCAAAAGGCAUCAAGCCAUAUCUGCCACCUUUAGAAGAACGUAUCAAGAUAAAAGCCAAGUAUUUAAAUUCUAGAUAACAAUAGAUAAUAUACACACCUUGCUUUGUAAAAAUAUUUUUUAUUCCAUGAUAUCUUUCAAUGUCUCGCAAUUAUUACAUUGUAAUGUUAUCUAUAUGUAUAUAGUUCAGAAAAAUUUAUAUAUGUAAGCUAUUGAAACAUAUUAAACUCACAUCG